AUGGCCGACCCCCGUGUUGAAGAAGUUCCCGACGAGGAGCCCACCAAGCAGGUUGAGGAGGCGGGCGACAGCUCUGAGUCUGAGGCUGGAGACGAGCCCACCAUCCCCGGAGGCGCCGCUGUCACCAUCCACUCCCGUAACGAGAAGAAGGCCCGUAAGGCCAUUGGCAAGCUCGGUCUCAAGCACGUCCCGGGCAUCACCCGUGUUACUCUCCGCCGUCCUAAGAACAUCCUCUUCGUUGUUAACCAGCCCGAUGUUUACAAGUCGCCUUCCAGCAACACCUGGAUCAUCUUCGGUGAGGCCAAGAUCGAGGACCUGAACUCCCAGGCCCAGGCUUCCGCUGCUCAGCAGCUGGCCGCCGCCGAGGCCGCCGGUGGUGAGCACGCUGGUCACGACCACGACCACGACCACGACCACGACCACGGCAAGGGCAAGGCCCCCGAAGUCGAGGCCAGGAAAGAAGAAGAGGAGGACGACGGCGAGGAGGUUGAUGAGGCCGGCCUCGAGGCCAAGGACAUUGACCUUGUCAUGGCCCAGGCCAACGUCUCCCGCAAGAAGGCCGUCAAGGCCCUCCGGGAGAACGACAACGAUAUCGUGAACUCGAUCAUGGCCCUCAGCAUAUGAUUUGUCCGGUGAUGGAAGCCCUGCCGGCAGGAUGAAUGAGUGAGCUUUGGGUGCGAGUGUCACGUUGAUAUCCCUGUUCUGGGCCCUCUCCCUUAGUGUAUAGCAUGAAAAGCACG